AGAUGUUGAUGAAGUCACGUCUGGCUGGUGCACAAAAGGGUCAUGGUUUGCUCAAGAAGAAAGCGGAUGCAUUGCAAAUGCGUUUCCGUAUGAUUUUGGGUAAAAUUAUUGAGACUAAAACUCUUAUGGGCGAUGUUAUGAAGGAGGCUGCAUUCUCGCUUGCCGAAGCCAAAUUCACCACUGGUGACUUCAAUCAGGUGGUCCUACAAAAUGUGACCAAGGCACAAAUCAAGAUCCGCACAAAGAAAGACAACGUCGCCGGUGUAACGCUGCCAGUGUUCGAAUCAUACCAGGAUGGUGCUGACACCUACGAAUUGGCUGGUUUAGCGCGUGGUGGUCAACAAUUGGCUAAAUUGAAGAAGAACUAUCAGAGCGCAGUAAAACUUUUGGUUGAGUUGGCAUCGCUGCAAACAUCAUUCGUAACACUGGAUGAAGUUAUUAAAAUCACCAACAGAAGAGUGAACGCCAUUGAGCAUGGUAAGAUAAACUAUAAUCGGCCUUACUGCCAAUUGUGAAAAAUUGUUUUUGUU